CCCCCAGUGAGUUCGACUCCGUUCAUCACUGGAGUACUCUGCGGUGUUAUUAUAUAUGCAUUUAUGCAGCAGGAGAAUAACAACAGAACCGGUCACACCGACACCAGCAGUACAAAGCAGGUGACAGCGAUAAGAUUUUAUCCAUUUUAUAGUGAGGUAUCAAGGAUAACGUUAAGACGCACAACCGGGAAGGUGGUCAGCCCGUGAACCAGUUAGCGUUCGCGGAAAAUUCUGCUCGGCUUGUGUUGGAUACUGGAUUUGAUUACUGGCGAAUUUGUUUUGCUUAACUCAGCCAUCCACCUGCUUGCGGCCACAUCUGUUAACUAAAUAGACUGAUCAACAGCUGCAACGCCGGACGCUGAGGUUUCCUAAAACCACUGAACUUAUAGUAGCAUUGUGCGUCUCUUGUGGUAGUUUGCUGUCUAGGUAUGGCAGUGAAGAAUCUGACCGAUGUCUACUUGCUUAUGAGAAGCAACUCCGCGCGCGCCAAACGCAGCCUAGAUGAGUUUCAGGAUGACGUCGGUGACACAGUGUCCUUGGUAAGUGCCUCGGGUGAUGCCGAACGAGGAGAAUGGGGCGGUCCAAGGAAUCGCGAACGUCGGGUUUUACAGGCGCCAUUGUGGACCGACAACCUCGCCGAAAUCAAGGCCGAUAUAGCGCGAAUCCGUCAUCAUUUAACCGAAUUAAAGCGACUUCAUGACAAGCACCUAAACAGACCAUCGCUUCUCGACGAACAAGACGAAGAAUCUAGGAUUCGUGCAGCUCAAGACGAAAUAGGCAGACUGCUUCGAGACUGCCAGUCACACGUAGCAAUCAUCAACAGGUGGUCUCAAGCAAAACAGUCCGGCUGGGCGGAGCGCCAGUUAACGGAUAACGUUGUUCGAGCUGUAGCAGGUCAACUUCGCGAGGUUACGGAGCUUUUCCGACAAAGCCAAACCGACUAUUGCAAUAGAAUUAAACAACGUAAUAAUGCUGGAGCAUUCUUCGAUCAGACGAUUAGUCUCGACGAGCCGCCAACAGACCCAGCAAUUAUGCAGAGCGAUAUGAUGUUCGUCACGACACAAGAUCUACUAACAGCAGAAGAAGUAGCCCAACGUGAGGAGGAGAUCCAAGCGGUCGUACGUUCCAUUAACGAACUAAAUGUCGUAUUUAAGGAGGUUGCGCGGCUGGUCGUUGAACAGGGUUCGGUUGUUGAUCGAAUUGACUAUAACGUCGAUGCCGUUCAGACUUCGGUGAGUCAAGGUCUCCAACAACUUCGGCAAGCAGCCGCCGCCUAUAAACGAGGAAAUGGCAAAUUGAAGUGCAUUGUCGGUCUCGCCGGUGUAACUUUGUUCCUAAUCAUUCUUCUUUUCAUCACGAAACUUAGUUGAAAACAAAAACCCGAUGGAGUUGGCCCCAAAGCCCCUAAUCUGCCAUGGUGUUAAGUGCGAUCUCUUACGACGAAGAGUUUUUAAAAAAGCCAAAGUUAGAAAGCAAAAAGAAAAUAAUUAUAAGCAUUUCGCUACCCAGCGAAUUGUUUCUAUUUUAACAUUAAUAAUAGUUUUGAACAUUGGAUAGGAGAUUGUUGAUGUUUUAGAGGAAAGCAUUUGAUAUGAGUGAAGUGAAAAUUUCAACACAGUAAUGCCCAGUAAUGCGCCGACAGAUUCACAAAAGCCAUCUAUACUCCAUGUACAUACAUAUCAUAUAGCAGUAUAUAUUUAAUAAUUAAUAAAUAAUUAUCACAUAUGAAGGACACGAGUUAACGAGGUGGAAGAAUCGUGCAAACAGACGAUGUCAAAGCAACACUUUUGCUGAGGUGAUGAAUAUUCAUAACGGUAAUUAAUAGCGUAAAUGGUAGCUACGCUGAAAAAGAGCAUCGGGUUUUAAGAUCUAGAGGCACAAUACGUCAAGUGAUAGGGAAGAACCAGGUACACGACCGCGAGCGGAGAAAUGAAAAAGAAAACAUUGUUAUGAAAAGGAGCAAAACCUAGCUUGAGCCAGAGAUCUUGUUGCUGUUGUACUGUGCCGGUGUCUCAAAUUGCCUCAUUCGUCAACUGUAUUGUGAUAUAAAAUUAUAAAUAUAUUCUCUCUAUAUGUACACACAGAGGCCCCCAUAGAUAUACUGGGGUUGUGUAUUGUAUUGAUUGACGACGCAGCAGCAGCAGUCUGAAGCUGCAUUGGGACAUAAAAACGGUUGAAUUGUGUUUCAUAGACGCUUUGUUAUGUAUGGAGUGGAAAAAACCUUGUCGUGAAAAGAUGAUGAAGAAAGUCGUUGGAAAUUAAAGCUAUCUAUUGCUAAACGCGAUGAUAAAAAUGAAAUGUAGACGUGAGUCAGUUA